CCCUGCGCAGGCGCAGUGCGGCGGCGGCUCGGCGAGGGGAAGGGCGAGAGCGGCUGCCGGAGCGGGGGGGACCACGGGGCUCCGUCGCUCCCGCCGCCGCCAUGGCGGGCGCGGCCCCGGCCCACGAGCAAGACCACGAACAGGAGGUUUUGGCCGCGGCGGGCGAGCGGCCGCACCUCUCAGCGGCGGCGCUGGCGAAGAUCGAGCGGGACCGGCAGCGGGCGCUGGCACUGCGGCAGGCGCGGCUGGCGGCCCGGCCCUACCCUGCCGCAGGUCGGAUGGCGGCGGCGGCGGGGGGCGGCGGGAGGGGGCGGCGCCGCUCCCUUUAAAAAUAUUUCUUUCCAUUAGCACCCGUACUAGAAUUUGACUAUCUCAUCUGUGGAGACUGUGGCAAAGAAUUCAUGGACUCCUACCUUAUGCAGCACUUUGAUUGGGCAACAUGUGAUAAUUGCAGAGAUGUUGAAGAUAAACAUAAGCUCAUAACAAGGACAGAAGCAAAAGAAGAGUAUCUGCUUAAAGACUGUGACUUAGACAAGAGGGAACCAGUGCUCAGAUUCAUUGUGAAGAAAAACCCUCAUAAUUCUCGAUGGGGUGAAAUGAAACUUUAUUUAAAACUACAGGUAAUCAAGCGUUCACUUGAAGUCUGGGGUAGCGAAGAAGCAUUGCAAGAAGCAAAGGAGCUCCGCCGUGAUAGCAGAGAGAAGAUGAAACAGAAGAAGUUUGACAAGAAAGUUAAAGAACUCCGCCGUGCUGUGAGGAGUAGUUUGUGGAAGAAACAAGCCAGUGUCCACGAACAUGAAUAUGGACCAGAAGAAAACAUUGAUGAGGAUACUUAUAAAAAGACAUGCACUGUAUGUGGCCAUGAAUUAACUUAUGAGAAGAUGUAGUGUUAACCAAUUUUUUAAUUUUACUUUGUUUUUAACAGUAUUUUGUAUUAAAGUCAAAUAAAUGCUAAUCAUGAACAA